AUGUAUGAAGACUCGCUAGGCCGCCCGUAUCUUCAGAUGCCCGACGUAUAUGCCCUGUGCUUUGCUACCACAACGUCGCACAUAUACGAUAUGUGCAAGGCCAGGCAGGUCGGUCCCGAUGGCGAGAGACUCUUCUACGGCGAUCGGUGUUUCACUAUCCUGAAGUACCUCGAACGGCUGGAGGAUGCCACCGGCAUUUCGAUCGAGAAUGGCCUGAACGAGGUCGAGUUGAAGGACGGACGGCUCGUAUACCUGGCGGUCAUUGCUAUGGCAGAUACGCUGGAAUCCCUUCCGCGCCCAGCCGCCCGCAUACAGAAGUUCAAGGAGCUUCUCAACACAAAGAAAGAGCCCAUUAGGCGAUUGUCUCCUUACCUUGGCCAACUCAUCCGUACGCUCAGACUUUGCCUGACUAUUGCCUGCCUAAUCAGUAUUCCUUUUUGCACGGUUGUAUACACGACCGACCCCGACGAUGGCGAUGUCCGGCGUAUGUUUGUCUCGCAGGUCAUGUGCAACCAGAAAUCCAAGAUGUACGAAGACUCGCUAGGCUGCUGGGCAUACCUGCAGCUUGCCGGCGUGUACGGUCUCUGUCACGCUACCUCGACGUCAAACAAAUACAAUAUGUGUAAGGCUAGACUCUUUUACGGCGACCGGCGCUUCACUAUCAUGAAGUACUUCGAGCGACUCGAGGCUGAGAUUGGCAUCUCGCGUGGCCAGGGUCUGCACGAGUGCGAGCUGAAGGAUGGGCGUCUCAUCUAUCUGGCGGUCAUCUCUAUGGCCGAUACAUUGGAUAACCUUCCGCGCCUUGCUGCACGUAUUCAAAAAUUGAAGUCACUCCUCAACACUCGCACAGAGCCUAUAGUGCGCCGUCUCAGGCAGCCAAGGGAUAUGACUUGGCAGAUGCAGAGGAAGCAACAGCAGAUUUAG